CUCGGUGCAGAGCGAGUAGAACGGGUUAACUGACAUUGUGGGGGACUGGACGAGCAGAGGAGGACCAUACCUGCACGGAGGCGUUCAUCUCUCUCUCUCUCUCUCUCUCUCUCUCUCUCUCUCUCUCUCUCUCUCUCUCUCUCUCUCUCUCUCUCUCUCUCUCUCUCUCUCUCUCUCUCUCUCUCUCUCUCUCUCUCUCUCUCUCUCUCCCUCUCUCUCUCCCACUCUGCCUAAUGGUGUACCUAUAGCCUCCGCAAUAUCCCGGACUUUCUGCAGGAUUUAUUUUUAUUCCCAGAGACGAUGAGUGUGUGGGACUGCCUGAGUGUUUCUCCCAGGUCGUUCCGAGGAUGUGUGUUUGUGCUCUGGUCGGUGUUCUCUACAGUCUGGAGUUUUAACAUCCAGGCGGACCGUCCCGCCGUUUACCGGGGACCCGGUGGGAGUUACUUUGGAUACUCAGUGGACUUCUACCAAGCGACCGCCGAAAGUAACACGAUGAGUGUUCUGGUGGGGGCCCCCAAGGCCAACACCUCCCAGCCAGGUAUUGUGGAGGCGGGGGCCGUCUACUACUGCCCCUGGCCCGGCGGGGCCGACAGCUGCAGACAGAUACCCUUCGAUAACGCCAAUAACAGGAUGAUUAAGGUGAACGGCAGCAGGGAGCCUCUUGAGUUCAAGUCUCACCAGUGGUUCGGUGCGUCGGUCAGAACACACAAAGGCAAAGUAGUGGCCUGUGCUCCUCUGUACCACUGGCGGACGGUGAAGCUGAGUGGGGAGAGGGACCCCGUGGGGACGUGCUACGUGGCCGUGCAGAACUUCAGCGCCUACGCAGAGUACUCACCCUGCAGGACCAAUGACCCAGACCCGGAGGGCCAGGGCUUCUGUCAGGCGGGCUUUAGUGUGGACUUCACAAAGGAAGGACGACUGGUGGUUGGUGGGCCUGGAAGCUUCUAUUGGCAAGGUCAGGUGAUGACAGCAGGGAUUGCUGAGAUACUGAAUGGUUACUCGCUGAAGGCGGUGCUGAGACGAGUUCCAGGAGAGAAACACACCAGUGCUGCUGCAGACACACACGACGACAGCUACCUUGGUUACUCUGUGGCCGUGGGAGAGUUCACAGGGGACUCGGAGCAAGAGCUGAUUGCCGGGGUUCCCAGAGGGGCUCAGAACUUUGGCUAUGUGGCAAUGAUCAACUCAACCAAUUUGACCUUCAUCCAGAACUUCAGCGGAGAGCAGAUGGCCUCCUACUUUGGCUACUCUGUGGCUGUAGCCGACCUGAACGGGGACGGGAUGGACGACGUGCUGGUUGGCGCGCCGCUCUACAUGGAGAGAGAGAUGGAGAGCAAGCCCCGGGAGGUGGGCCGCGUGUACCUGUACCUCCAGCUGGCCCCACUCACCUUCUCCCAGCCCAUCCCCAUCACAGGGACCUACACCUUCGGACGCUUCGGCACCGCCAUCGCAACGCUGGGAGACAUCAACCAGGACGGGUUCAAUGACGUGGCGGUGGGUUGUCCGUUCGGCGGGGACGACCGCGGUGGCCGUGUCCUGAUCUUCAACGGCCGCAGAGAUGUGGCUGCCCGGGGCCUGGCCCUGAGCCAGGAGCUGCGAGCGGCGGCGCCCGCGGCCGGGGGUCUGCCCGGGUACGGGUUCACCCUGAGAGGGGGCCAUGACCUGGACAACAACCACUACCCUGACCUGAUAGUUGGGGCGUUCGGAGUGGGGGAGAUUUCCGUUUACAGAGCCCGUGCCGUGGUGUCUGUAGAUGCUUGGAUGGUCCUGACGCCCAAGAUCCUAAACGCGGACGAUCGACAGUGUGUUCUACCUGACACCGACUUCAUGGUCACCUGCCUUAAGGUGAAGGUGUGUGCGGCUGUGAGUGGCGUUGGGAUCCCUGACUCCGUGGACCUGACAGUGGAGCUGCAUUUGGAUUGGCUGAAAGGAACCAGGGGCGGAGCUAAGAGAGUCCUCUUCCUGGAUAACCAGCAGCAUCAGCGCACCACACUUCUCAAGCUGGGACAUCACCACCCACACAAGUGCUUCACCUACACUGUGUACCUGAAAGAGGAGGACGAGUUCAGAGACAAAUUAACUCCGAUCUCAUUGGCUCUGAACUACAGCCUGGCCCAGCCCACUCAUGGCCAAGACCUUCCACCUGUCCUUAACUAUUACAGCAGCACCUUCCUCCAAGAACAGGCCUACAUCCUGCUGGACUGUGGCGAGGACAACCUAUGUAUCCCUGACCUCCAGCUCUCCGCCAGCAUGGACCGACCGGAGCUGGUGAUCUGCGAUGAGAACCUGGUGAUGCUGACCAUCACAGUGCUGAACCGGGGGGAGGGGGCGUACGAGACGGAGCUCCACGCAACACUUCCUGCUGAGGCUGAUUACAUAGGAGUGGAGCGCAGGGUGGAGCCAGUCCAGGGAGUGGAGGAUUGGUGUAGUGUGGGAGAGCCUCUGUCGGUUGAAGACCAGCCGGGCUGCGGCAGUCUGGAUGAGCUGCAGAGGACGAAUAGCGCAUGCAGGCAGACCAGCCACAAGGAGGUCACAGUCUAG